UUCCCGUAAAAAUAACACGAAUCCCGGAUCGUGUCGGAAUAAUAAACCGGAAUUUCAUGACGGCUACAUUCAGCGUAGUUAAUAAUUCAGUAGUGUCAUGGGUCAUUCAUUCAUAUGUAAACGGGAAUUUAAAUGUGGUGAAAUAAGACUACGGGCUACUGGAAUGACUUAUUACUCCCGACAGUACCGUAUUAAAUCCCGAGUAGGUUUGCCGACUCAAAACCAAAAAAAAGUGUUUUUUAUUAAUUUUGCGAAUUUGGUGACAGUCAAAAAUGCACCAAGAAAGCGAAGGGAUUCCCAAAAUUGAAAAAAACAAAUUCGAAUCGUCGAUUAGUGAAUUAAAAAAGAAAACUUUUGUCUCGGCAGCUGAUAUAGAAAGUUAUGGAGAGAGUGGUGUCACACCGGUAUACCAGAAGGCCCACCGUCGCUCCCUGGACGACCCCGAAGGGUUCUGGGCAGAGGUCGGCCAUGAGCUGGAGUGGAGCAAACCAUGGGACAGAGUCCUCGAUAAUUCCAACCCACCGUUUACUAAAUGGUGGGUUGGUGGCGAGAUGUCGGUAUGCCACAAUGCGGUGGACCGCCACGUUAGCAGUGGCAAGGGAGACUGCGUCGCCUUGGUGCACGACUCACCGCUUACUGACACCGUCAGGAAGAUCACGUACGCUGAGCUGAAAGAUCAGGUGUCCCGCAUGGCCGGCAAGCUCUCUGCUCUGGGGGUCACGCGGGGCUCCCGAGUGCUGAUCUAUAUGCCGCUGAUCCCUGAAGCCAUCGUCAGCAUGUUGGCCACCAACAGGAUUGGCGCUAUACACUCCGUGGUGUUCGGAGGUUUUGCUGCAAGGGAAUUGAGGACUAGAAUCGAACACGCAGAGCCCACCGUGAUCAUUGCGGCCAGCUGUGGAGUGGAACCCAACAAAAUUGUUCGGUACAAGGAUAUACUAGAUGAGGCACUCUGCCAAAGCACGCAUCAGCCUCGAAAAUGCAUUAUAUACCAACGUAGGCGAGUGCUCGAAUGUGCUUUAGAGCAAGACAGGGACAUCUCCUGGCAGGAGGCAUUGGAGGCGGAUCCUGUACCUUGCGUGUCAGUGGAGGCAAAUGAACCGCUGUAUAUUUUGUAUACAUCAGGUACUACUGAUGCACCGAAGGGCGUUCAACGUCCGUGCGGUCAUGCUGCCACCUUGUGUUGGUCAAUGCAUGCAGUAUACGGCCUCAAGAAAGGCGUGUGGUGGUCUGCAUCAGACCUGGGAUGGGUGGUCGGUCACUCUUACAUCUGUUACGGACCGUUGUUGGCUGGGUUAACAUCAGUACUUUAUGAGGGCAAACCGGACAGGACUCCGGACCCAGGACAAUAUUUUAGAAUAAUAGAGCAGCAUAGAGUGAAUGCUCUUUUCACUAUACCUACUGCUUUCCGAGUUCUGAAACGUGCAGAUCCAUCAGCUAAAUACGCCAGACGUUACUGUGGAAAUUCUUUGAAGACUGUAUUUAUGGCUGGUGAACAUUGCGACCAAGAUACUAGACAAUGGGCUGAACGCGUAUUUGGAGUUCCUGUAUUGAACCACUGGUGGCAAACGGAGACUGGUUCCGCCAUCACCGCUGCAUGCUUGGGAUAUGGCGUCAAAGCAGUGCCGCCUCACUCUGCAGGAUAUCCUGUUCCUGGAUAUGAUAUUCGUACGUUACGAGAAGAUGGCAUAGAAUGUCAGACUGGCGAAGUAGGCAGACUAGUCGCCAAGCUUCCACUUCCACCUGGCUUUGCUUCUACAUUGUGGCAAGCUGACGAACGCUUCAAAAAAACUUACUUCGAAUCCUAUCCUGGAUACUACGACACUCAGGAUGCCGGCUGGAUAAGCGCUGAAGGAGCAGUGUGGGUGGUGGCCAGAGCAGAUGACGUCAUAAAUGUCGCCGGCCACCGUCUUUCAACAGCGGCGCUGGAAGACGUAGUAUUGAAGCACGCCAGAGUUGCCGAUGCUGUUGUGGUCGGGGCCCCAGACCCUACUAAAGGAGAUGUGCCGCUGUGUUUGUACGUCAUGAGACCACCUCAAGAUGAUGAAGAAAUCGUUGCUGAAAUCACUGUCACCCAAGAACUGAUCGCUCUGGUUCGUCAUCUCAUCGGACCUAUAGCAGCAUUCAGAAAAGCUGUAGCCGUACCAGCCCUCCCACGUACCAGAUCUGGCAAAGCCCUAAGAGGUGCUAUUGCGAAGCUUGCACGGUCGCAACUAGUGAAGUUGCCCGCGACUAUUGAAGACCCAACAGUAUUUGGUGAAAUCAAAACCGCUUUGCAGAAGUUUGGAUAUGCCAUCGAUGCGCCGGAUCCUGAAUUUUAAUGUCUAAGAAUUCUGUUUUUGUUGAUAGUUGUUUUAAAUCAAAAUUCUAGAUCAAAUAUUUUUAUACAACCAGUAGGUCUAAGAU